UCUUUCUAUUGGGCCACCUAUACCAAAACCAAUGCCAGGGAGACCUAAAAGAUGUAGAAGAAGGGCAAAGGAUGAGCCAAGAAAAAAAUUUGGCAAGUUAUCUAAGAAAGGAGUAAAGAGGACUUGUUCUAAAUGUCACCAGUUAGGUCAUAACAAAUCUGCUUACAAAUCUGGGCCUACAAUGAGAGAUGCAACUCAAGCAAGUAAUCCAACUCAAAGGAAUCAUCCAACUACUAGUGCAACAACCAUGCCUAGCAUUCCAUCUUCAAUUUGUGAAGACAUAUCUGCUGUGAAAAGAAGUGGUCAGAGUCAGUCUAGUUCUACAUCAAGAGGAAGAAGAAGAGGCCUAGGAAGGGAAUAUUUUAGAUCUGAUGCCGCUGUAAUUGGAGGAAGGGGCACUAGCAAUGCAAACCCAAGCAUACAACAAGUACAUGAAACUCAACAGGCAAAAAGGCCUAGACAGUCAGGUUUUGGCAUUUAUCAAGACACAAUGACUGGAAGAUCUAUACUGAAUGUAAGAUGGUUCUAUACCUCUGUUUCUUUAUUUUACGUAUCAAUUGCUAAAUUUAGUAUUUUGCAGCCUACUGCACCUUCCAAAAGAGUAAUAGCACAUGGUACAUUUAAACAUGCAUCUGUAAUAAAUAUUAAUCUUGGAUUUAAGCCUAAUGGUCUAAAAUGGAAAGGAAAAAAAGCAGUGACAACUUCCCAGCUUCAGUGGAUGAGUGUAGCCAGGAAUAUAAGAAGUUCCAGUCAACCCAUGGAGGGGAAAAACUAUUAAAAUGCUUUAGAAGUCUUUCGUCUAUGUUAUAGGGCUAGUUAAGUCAAGGUUGUUGAUGAAUCUUUUGUUUGAUUUUUUUUGGUAUUGCAACUGUAAGACCUCUGUUGGAGCUGCUUUUUGCUAUUUUACAACUUGCAGACUUAAGUAGUUGAUGAUUCAGACCAAUUGCCCUUUAG